AUGGCCUCCUCCGUACCCAUCCAAGUCGCGGAGACAAUACAAACCGCGCACAUCAACCGGACCCCUUCCCCGAACCACGACCUCAAUCCUUCCACAACCGCCUCCGAGAAGGAGCCUGUGACGUUGGAACCCAUCUCAGCACACGACGACCUUGACGACGAUGAUGAGCUUGACGACUACAUCCCCCGCAGCAUCGUGUCCCCAAAGCAGCGGUCGACAAAACUUCCGCCCAUGCCCGACCUACGCUUCGAGCAGAGCUACCUUCACAGCAUCUCCAAGGCCGAUACCUGGGGGCGGGUAGCGUGGAUUACCACGAGGGACCAAGUCAUGAUGCCGCUGGUUCAGGGUGUCAUCUACAACUUGUUCCUCAUCGGCCGGCACCAUUGGAACAGGAACGCACAGGUGCACGGUAGCUCAAUAGGCGCCAAAGUACGGAGAUGGUGGUACGGCGUAAACAACUGGCAACUGCCGCCGCCAAGGGGAUCAAGCUGGAGGACGAAGAAGGAACUUUAA